AGCACAAAGCAACUAGCAAACCAAGCAAGCUAGCCGUAGUAGUAAGAGCAAGAAGGUAGGAGCCCAAGCAAGCAAGCAGCCAUGUCCAUCGUCAAGCGUGCUUUGGGCUUCGGCGGCGGCUACGGCCAGAGCAAGCCCGUGAUAAGCUACCACACCCAGAACUCCGACUCGGUGACCACCGUCGUGACCGAGAUCAGCCACAUGAGCCUCAACGGGAAGCAGGCGGCGUACAACGACGCCGGCGCCGUGCAGAAGACGGCCUCCCUGACGGAGCUGUGCAGCGAGGAUGCCGAAGUGCAGAAGCACUGCUACGGGCAGCAGGCGUACGGGAGCGACGUCGGAGGGUUCGACGCUCUCGUCUGCGACAGCGCCGCGCAGAAGCACGGCUACGGCGGCGAACAGAAGGCGUCGUCGUACCAGCAUGAAAGCGGCGCCGGAGGCUACAGCGCCCUUCACCACGAAAGCUCCGUGCAGAAGCACGGUGGCUACGGCGGGCAGAAGGCGUCGUCGUACCAGCAUGGAGGCUACGACGCUGCCAGCCACGACAGCACCGGCGCCACGCAGAAGUAUGGCUACGGUGAGCAGAAGGCUUACCAGCAUUAUGGGGCCGAGGCCCACCAUGACAGCUCGGCGCAGAAGCAUGGCUAUGGCGAGCAGAAGGCGUACGGUGGUCACCACCAGGACAGCAAGGUCCAGAAGAGCGGCUACGGCGGCGAGCAUACGGCGUACCAGCAUGAAGGCAAUCUCAAGGGGUACACCGCUCUCCACCAGGACAGCAAGAUCCAGAAGCAUGGCUACGGCAAGAAGGCGCACGGCUAUGGCGAGCAGAAGGCGUACGACUGCACGGUCCAGAAGCCCGGCUACGGCGAGCACAAGGCGUACGAGCAUGGGAGCGCCGCCGCCGCCCUCCACCACGACAGCUACGGCGUCGUGAAGAAGCACGGCUACGGCGGCGAGCAGUACCAGCAUGGCGCUGCAGCGGGAGAGUACGACGCCGUCCACCACUACAACAGCUCGGUGCAGAAGCAAGGCUACGGGGAGAAGGCGUACCAGCACGGGAGCGACGCCGGAGGGUACGGCGGUGUCCACCACGGCAGCGCGACGCAGAAGCACGGCUACGGCGCUGGGCAGAAGGCUUACGCACACGAUGCUGAUGGCGGAGGGUACACCAUUUUCUACCACGGCGGCGUGGCGCAGAACGCGUCGUACAAAGGGUGCGCCGCCGGCGUCGCCGGGUACGACACGCUCGUCCAGAAGCAGCACGGGGACGGGGGCUACGGCGGCCUGCAAAAUGCGUACCCGCGGCAAGGGUGCGGCGUCGGCGGCGUCGCAGGGUAUGAUGCUCUUGCCCGCCGUGAGAGAGAGAAGCAGCGGUGUGAGAGCGACGAAGAGAGCGAGGAGGAGAGCGACUGCGAAGAGGAGGAGGUGGUGGGCCUUGCGGCGCCCGGCGGCACGCAGUACUACGCGGCGUACGAGCGCCACCAGCAGCUCGGCGGCGGCGGCUAUGGCGGCGGGUGCGCACAGCCCAAGAAUCACAGCUACUACUGAGCUCCUGCGUCGUGCGGUCGUGCCCACCUGCGACUGCCAGCGUGAUACAAUCCUACCUACGGUUACGGUGACACCUAUCUGCUCACAUGCUCCUGCAUGCGAUGCCAGUAUUUGGUGGACCUUUGCAUUGCAAAAGUGUCUAAAUAAGAUGUACUUCUAACUCAUAUUCUGCAUCCACCGUAAGUGGCAUCGGUACAAUAAUUUACCGCACACAAUUGAUUA